AUGGUUUACCACACUUCCAACUUGAAGUCCUUUUGGUCAUUCGUUACAUUUGCUUCUCUCUUUCAAGGGGUCUUCACUCAUACAGGCCACAACAUCCGAGAAGAGAUCGCUCAGCGUGAUGCGUUCUUUGGCAAUUCAAAACGAGAUGUGAGUCAUUGCUUUGAACGCAUGAAAAAGCGCGGUUUAGGAAGUCAAUACCAUGAACGUCUUGCUAAGGCUCUGACCAAAGCCCGUUCUAACUUUGGACUUUCGCAAAAAGGAAAUUCGUUGAAAGAUCGUGAUACAAGUCCUCUGACCACUUCACAUCUGUCUUCACUUGAUGUCACCCCAAGUACUGCUGAUGUGGAAGCAAUUGUCUUUAGCAACUCUUCUUGUGUGCUUCAAGCAGAAGGGGAGGUUGGACGUUUCUAUGUUUCUGGUGAAUAUAUCCGUAGCGACGUCCGCGAGAGUGAGGAGGGUGUGCCAGUAGUGAUUGAUGCUGAAUUCCUUGACAUCAACACCUGUAUUGGUAUUUCCGACCUAUAUUGGGAUAUCUGGAAUGCAAACUCUACUAACACCACCAACAUCGACAAAACCUUCCUUCGCGGCCUUCAACCUACUGACGAUGAAGGCGUUGCUCAAUUCACUACUUUGUUUCCCGGUCAUUACACUGGCCGAACAAAUCACAUCCAUGUUGUUGCACAUGUAGGUGGUAGUAUCUUACCGAAUGGAACAUAUACUGGUGGGAACGUUACUCAUAUCGGUCAAUUGCUUUCCGAUCAAUCAUUGAUCACGCAGGUGGAAGCCGUAUCACCAUAUUCAACUAACACGCAAGAGGUAACUCUAAAUGCCAAUGAUAGAUUUUUGCUUAAUGAAAUCAAUGGUGGUGGGGAUGCAAUCGCCGACUAUGUCUUGCUUGGAGAUACGAUCGAUGAAGGCGUGUUCGCGUGGAUCACGGUCGGAGUUAAUUUGGAGGCUAGUUAUAAUGCAAACGCUGUAGCAGAGCUCACAGCCGCAGGUGGUGUCCUGCUUGCUUCUAGUGGAUCUGGAGGCGGGGGUGGAGGAUCUCUCCCAUCUUAG